UCCCCCCCACCCCUAACAUCAAUCUUCUUCUUACAUAAACACCUCUCAUUCCCACCGUUCCCAAAAGAGAAAGCUUUUCACAAUAAAAACACAAACACAAACUCUGUUGUGUAAGUAAAAAUAAAAGAUUGGUUUUUUCUUUAUAAUAUUGUGAAUGAAAUGGGGGAGCUUUUGUUGUGUCGUCCACUAUUGAAUCCAUCAAUCUCAUCGUCUCCAUCCAUUAUUGCUUAUCUCAAAAGGUAUUCUCUGGGUUCUGAUUCUUAGAGGUCCUCUGUUCUUCAAAGUUGGCUUCUUUGAAUGUAAUUUGUAGCUAAAAAAGGGGAUAUUUUUGUUUUUAAGAUAGAAAAGAUUUCGAUAUGUAUAUCUCACGGAUGGGUUUGAGUCGGAGUUUCCCGCCGCUUUUUGGGGGAUUUCGGGAAAUUCUAGGGUUAGGGUUGGAUAUUGUGUUUCUCUAGCAGUCUUCUACUUAUAACAUCUCUUCAUCUUGAGAUUGAAAGAGGUCUUUUUUUUUUUUAAUUUGUUUUCUGGGAAUCGAGAUUUGGGAUCUUACUCGAUAUGUGGGUUAAUUGGGAGAUCUGGGAUUUGGGAGAUCUUGUGGAGGAUUGAAAGAAAAAAAAGCUUUUAUAGAUAUAACAGAAAUGGACAACAAGUGAAGAAGGUGAAGUGUUUUUUGUGAAAUGAAAGGUUCUAUUCUUACUGUUUUGUCAAUGGAGAAUCAUCAUCCUUCUACGCUCUUAUCUAUGGAUUCCAGUGGUUCUUCGCAUGAGGAACUUGAUCUGGAGAUGAACAAUGGUAAUAGGCAAAUCACUCUUUACAAUCCACCAGACAUCAAUCUCCCUUUGUCUGUCGGACGAAGCUCUCCUUCGUGGAACUUGGAUUCUUGUGAUAACAUUUUGGAUGUUGGUCUGAGCUCUCAUGUCUACGAGACCGAGACGUUUCUCAAUGUGGUUCCCAGUAAAGUCGCUAAGAAAUGCUUGAAGCGAGGUGAUAGUAUGUGGGGAGCUUGGUUUUUCUUUAGCUUCUACUUCAGACCUGCGUUGAACGAGAAAUCAAAGUCUAAGGUCAUUAGGGAAACUAGUAAUGGCGGAGGAGCAGGGUGUUUUACUGGGUUUGAUAAAUCUGAUCUCAAGCUGGAUGUUUUUCUUGUUCAGCAUGAUAUGGAGAACAUGUAUAUGUGGGCUUUUAAGGAUAAACCCGAGAAUGCUCUCGGGAAAAUGCAGUUGAGAAGCUAUAUGAAUGGGCAUUCCCGUCAGGGCGAGCGUCCCUUUCCCUUCAGCGCGGAGAAAGGGUUUGUUCGGUCUCACCGAAUGCAGAGGAAGCAUUACAGAGGACUCUCUAACCCUCAGUGUCUUCAUGGGAUCGAGUUUGUGCCUUCUCCCAGUUUGUUGUGUGUCAGUGAAGAAGAUAAGAAGAGAUGGAUGGAGCUGACCGGUCGAGAUUUGAAGUUCACUAUCCCUCCUGAUGCUAGUGAUUUCGGUUCAUGGAGAAAUCUUCCCAACACGGAUAUUGAGCUUGAGAGACCGCCUCAUGUUACAAAACCGGCACUAAAUAACGCCAAGAAGAUUCUCAGUGGAUCGGGCUUACAUUUGACAAGUAAUGCGUCAUUCAGUAGCAAUGGGGACUCUUCUGAUCAAUCUCCAGGUGGGGGAGUCAACAACAACAACAAGAAGAGAAAAGAGUUUUUAUCUCCUGGAAGCAGCGAAGAAGAAUGUUGUUUGACUGUUAACAACAUUGAGACCCACCAUGCCAAGGACCCUCCCAGUUGGGUAAACGACUUCACUGGAGUGAUGAAGAAUAGCUGCGGACCCGUCACUGCAGCAAAAACGGUGUACGAGGACGAAGAAGCUUAUCUGGUUGUAAUAACUCUUCCAUUUGUGGAUUUGAACACCGUGAAGGUUUCAUGGAGGAACAAUAUCACAAAUGGGAUCGUGAAGGUCACAGCAUUGAGCACUUCGAGAGCUUCGUAUGUGAAGAGACGGGACCGGACUUUCAAGCUGGUUGAUCAGACGGCAGAGCAUUGUCCUCCGGGGGAAUUCAUGAGGGAGAUACAAUUGCCAAAUCGGAUUCCGGAAGAAGCAAAGAUCGAAGCAUAUUUUGAUGGGACUGGACCAGUUUUAGAGAUUGUGGUUCCAAAAUUGAGAGGAGGAAUGGAGGAAGAACACGAGGUUAGAGUUUGUCUACGCUCACACCACCUCGGAUAGAAGAUGCAACCAUCUUUUUGUAAGAGCAUUUUGUUGUACAAUGGGAAAAUAAGCAGAAGCAAAAGCACAAGUGCUGUUUUUUAAUUAUAACUUUUUCACUUUAGUUUUUCGUCUUCGGUUGCAAUAUGUAUUUUAUUCUUCAGAGCAAGUUGUAUUUAACAAUAGUUCAAUUUGAUUAGUAUACAAGGUUUUUUGUUUCCCA